CGCCCUUGUGGUCGGUGUCUCCCUUUCAUUCUGCGCUCGCUGACCCACCCAAAUACAAAGGCGCACAUCUCCGCCACGAACAACACGUACAGCACUCUCGGAACAACGGGAACAACGCCGCACGACGCAUAAGAGGCCAGAGCUCAGGCGGACCCACCUAUAAGUAUCUGCCAUGGCGAGCAGGAGCCACUCGAUGUCUACCUUUGACCAGCUCAUUGUCGACCUCACUCGCGACGCGCACCGCGUACAACCCAAAGACGCGCUGCAGUUCUGCGCGAAUUGGUUCCAGUCAAGACUCGAGGAGCAGCGCACCCGCACCCGCGAUAUCCUCUCCGAGCACUCAUCGUUCGCGCGCGACCUGGCGACCGACCACUAUCACGACACACCGAUCAGUCCCACCUCAGGCUCACAGCCCGACGGUAUCUCCCCUUUCGCAAAACCCACCUUGGCUCAGCGCUCCUCCCUCCGCGCGUCCAUGGCCAAUCCAAGCCCCUUCGGCACCCUGAACGUCCCCGGGAACGCGCUACUGCACGACCCAUCCACAAGGGGCCUUCACUCACUCACGCCCCCCACUUUCCGGAUGGAGGCAGACGAGCUCUCCCCGACUUCGCCGACCAGCGCGCCCAACCCCUUCGCCUCGUUUGCUAAUGGCAAUGUGACGCCACACGGCGACUACCUGCAACCCCCCGAAUCUAACAUCUUUGCUCGCCGCGCAUCCGUCAGCGCAGAGUCCAUCGCAGUGGACGAAGAGUCUGAUGAGCCGCUUCCCGUCUACCAAAAGACGGAGGAGCAGCUCCAGCGCAUCCGCGCGGCGAUCACAAAGAACUUCAUCUUCCGUGACCUCGACGAGGAGCAGGAGACAGGCGUGCUUAUGGCGAUGCGCGAGGUGCAUGUCACGAAGGACGAGGUCGUCAUCCGGCAGGGCGACGUCGGUGAUUUCUUCUACGUCGUCGAGGCGGGAUGGCUCGACUGCUUCAUCCGCCCCGAACCUCUGCCGCCGGCAUGGCUCACGGGCAACACGGCGUCCGAAGAGAAGUUCACGCAACCGGAUUAUCACCCGGAGUUUGGGAAGAAGGUCACGGAGUGCAGGGAGGGCAGCUUUUUCGGCGAGCUCGCGCUGAUGUACGGGCAUCCGCGCGCGGCGAGUGUGGUAGCGAUGGAGCCGUCCACGCUAUGGUCGCUUGACCGGAUCACGUUCCGCACGAUCAUCCUCAAGGCGGCGCACAGGAGGCGUACCAUGUACGAGCAAUUCUUGUCAUCCGUACCGCUGCUCGCGUCGUUACGGCCUGAGGAACGCAGCAAGAUCGCAGACGCGCUUGUCAGCAAAGUGCGCGAGGACGGCGAGGCGGUGGUGCGCCAGGGCGACAUGGGCGACACUUUCUUCUUUGUCGAAGACGGCGAAGCUGUUGUGACCCAAACCGAGCGCACGGAUGACGGCCAGAGUCGCGAGGUUGAGGUCAACCGCCUCACCAAGGGCGACUACUUUGGCGAGUUGUCGCUGCUGCGGCGCGAACCCCGCGCUGCGACGGUGAGUGCGAUUACCCGAGCGGAUCCCUCAGCGGCGAAAUUAAAGGUGGCGGCGCUUGAUGCGAAUGCGUUUACGCGGCUGCUGGGGCCGCUGCGGGAGAUCAUGGAGCGGAACGCGGGGCAGGCGUACGGGGCAACGCCCCGGAGGACGCGCUGAGGCUGCUGAGGUCUGUGCCGUAGACUGGGGAGAGUGAAGUGUAGGAUUUGUUCUUGCUGUGUGUAGUCUAUUGUAGUCACGUGAAUCGUAAUUGGUGCGAGUGCCAUGGCGAUGUGUGGCGGAGGU